UGUCGUCGACGACGUCGUCAUCGUCCUCGUCAGUGUAAACUUGACGCUGGUGCUGCGCUCCAGGGGAAAAACCGAACGCAGCACCUGCGCCCUAUUUUGGGUCGGAACAGCGGAACCGCACACGCGCAACGCAUCUCAGAGUCGUCUCGGAGAAGUCGAAGAAUCUUUCCGGCCCGUAUCGGUCCGUUUCUCUCUCUCUCUCUCUCUCUCCCUCUCUCGGUCUUGCAACUCGCGAGACGUGGAACUAAAAGUCUUCAUUGUGGCCGGAUGGGGGGAAGGCGCCCGUGACAUGAACGGAUGGAGUUGGGGACCACCUGAGGGGACGGAUGGACCUCGUAAGGCAACUUUGCUCACUUUCCGCGCCGUGAAAACGCUCCGAGCCAUGGGUUGAAGGAGCCGCCGUGCUCGGCGCAUCGGGAGCUUCGAAGCUUCGGUGUGAUCGAUUGACACCUCCUGACAAUCAGUGGGAGAUCACAAAUAUUAUCAUAAUCCAAGUUGGAUUGUUGGAUGGAUUAUAAACUGAUAUCUUCCAAAGUGUGAGAUUUGUAUUAUUAUUAUUUAUCUAUUUUUUUUUCAUUUUGUCGUUGGUGGUUUUCCAUCUGUUUUAGCUUUUCCACUUGUUUGUUGCUCGUCACGAUGGCCCAAACCCCGAAAGCGUCCCGGUCUGAUUUGGUGGACUCUUUCAAGAUGGCAGCAGACGAUCAGGCAAUCGACGGUCUCCUCUGCUCAUUUUUCUGCGUUUUCCUCCGCACGGCGACGUCCCAAAGUGCACCGAAGAUGUUCUAGUACUCACGCGGGCCCUCGCAUCGGACGACAUGUAGUCAACCCGACAACCGCCCGUUCGCUGACUUUUUUUCUUUCGCUUUUUUUUUGUUUGUUUGUUUUGUUUCGGAAGAGCCAAAAGCUAAACGUUUCGUUCCGUCCAGAGUCUCGUUCGCUCGCUCCCUCCCUCCCCCCCACUCAUCAGGGCUGGUGGGGGGGGCGGACCCGCUCUUCCGCCAUGGAGGCCAGCCCGGAGAGCCCCAACCGGGCCGUGGAGUACCUCCUGGAGCUCAACAACAUCAUCGAGAGCCAGGCCAAGCUCCUGGAGACCCAACGGCGGCGCAUCGAGGAGCUGGAAGGCCAGCUGGACCGGGUCAGCCAGGAGAACCAAGACCUGAGACAGGAUCGCGGCCCCAGGAGCGCGGGCUCCGACGCCCCGGAGCAGAACCACGAUCGCGGCCAGCCGCUGUCGCUCCCCGUCCACCGCGACGGCGCCGCGUCCUCGGCUCAGGCCAAAGGCGGGGCCGCCACCGUGCCGGCGCCCGGCAGGGACAGGAGGACCCAGGCCAGACUGACCCGAGGUCUCUCCUGCGGCUCGUCCGCCGCCGAAAGAGAGCGAGUCCAACGCACCGACGGCGCGGACCCCGCCGACGCCACCGUCCGCAGGAAUGUGCGACCACGGUCCAUCUCGGGCCAGCAGCCCACCUCGGCUCCCGGCACCCCCACCGCGGCGGCGGCGGCGGCGGCGGGCGGCUCCGCCCUCGCUACCCUCUUCUCCGCCAGUCUGACCGUUCACAGCUUCGUCAGUCUCCAUCAGUACUGCUGCCCCUCCACCGACCAAAGCUUGGAGCAGAAGGACAGGUAAGGAGGCUCCUCAAGCCAUUUCCAAGUGGCCCCCGCCCCCCUCUACACCCCCUUGCACAA